UGAGGCAACUUCCCCCGGCCAAAAAUUCCCACGCUGGGGACGUGUGGGCCACAUGACCUCUCGACUCGACCGGCUUCUUUUACUGCUUGAUACUGGUUCCUCGUCUUCCAUCAGAGAGACAGCGGCGCGUCAGAUUGCGCAAAUUGCGGCCAAGAAUGUUGCAAAGGAUGCCGGAGCUGACAUCGUCGCAGAAUGGGCUGACGUGAUGAAAGUGGUUGGGAAGAUCCUUCCGUACCUUCGCUCUAAAUCAUUUGAGACUCGCACUGCUGCCACCUCCGCCCUCUCUCAUGUAUGCCAAAUGACGCCUGCUUGGUCUCCUCCAAUAAUUAGUCCAUCCGAUCCUUCCAGCUCAACUACAGCCCCCGACUUUCCCCCAUUCUCUGUCGAACAGCUUCUCAAGACUGGGACUCUUCUUCUUUCCUCGUCAGGCACUGAAUUCUCGGAACCCGUUCCCUUAGGGACGCCUUCAGAAGUCGCUCGGGCCCGUAAGGAAGCCAUGAACAGGAUCGGUCUCGGCUUCAUGGACGGCGUGGAUGAUGAUGAUCUUGGUUUAGAAAAGGAGCUUGUACAGGAGUCCGAAACACGCAGUCAAAGUCAAAUGGAUAUUGAUGUCAAACAAGAGCGUUCAAGCUCUCUUGUUGCGAUGAGUGACAGCGAGGACGUCAGGAUGUCAUCCCCACGCCCUGUUGCAAAACGUGCUCGACCUCCAAUGAAACUGGAUUUGGAAACAUUCGUGCAACCAAUUAAGCCGGAGGAUCUUGGGUCGCCGGCUCCUACCGACACCCCUAUGGAUGAAUCAUCCGACUUUGAUUUAUCUGGAUUGUCGGCACGAGAGAGGAACAGGUUGAAGCGCAAGCGAAAGUUGGGGGGAGCUGCUUUCGUCUCAGCCCUAUCGAAUUCCACAAAGGCAUCGCCUUCAACAGCCACCCCCGCUUCAAAAGUGAGAGUCGUACCGACAGGCGACGGACCCCAAGCGCGUCCACUUGAAUCAUCGCCCAAAGCCAACUCACCUGUAGACUCGCCCUCGGGGACUUUGCCUCCUGGUGAAAAAGUAGUUGUCGAUCCCACUAAAGGCGGUCAGGUCGAGGCCAAAGAGAAAGCCGAGGAGGCGCUCGCCCUUAACGCUCCAGAUGGUUGCUGGGUCUGGGGUGGUGUUGUUGAGGUUUUGCAGAUUGAUUUAUUUAGCGCGAAAUGGGAAAUUCGACAUGGCGCAGCGAUGGCGUUAAGAGAAAUCAUCAGGGUGCGUGGGGCGUCGGGGGGGAUGAAAGCAAACACAAGCUCCCAAGAUAAUCUAGUUUUGCAUGAAAAGUGGUGCAACAAUCUGGCAUCCAAGUUUUUGUGUUUGUUUGUAUUGGAUAGAUUCAGUGAUUUCGUUUCUGAUCAGGUCGUUGCGCCAGUUAGAGAAACUGUUUCCCAGACUUUAGCCGCACUCUUGUCUCACAUGCCUCGUCGCUCAGUCCUGCAUGUGCAUAAAGCUCUCCUCGAGAUGAUUCGAGUGUCAGCAAGCAGUCCUUUAAAGCAAGCCCCCCCUAAGGCCACAACAAGGAGAGGAAAAGCACCUGCAAACGGGGAUGCAAAAGCAAAUGGGCAGGGGAAUGAAAUCGCAUGGCAGGUCCGUCAUGCCGGUCUUGUUGGAAUUAAAUACGAGGUCGCGGUUCGGACAGACUUGUUUGACGAUAUGGAGCAUGGUUUGGAUAUAUUGCAGGAGGUUUUAGAUGCCGCCGUCUCGGGGAUGCGGGAUCCUGUUGACGAUGUUCGAUCAGUAGCAGCUACUUGCAUUACACCUAUUGUACAUCAUGUUAUUGAGCGACUAUCAGGUUAUGUUGAUAGGAUCUUGGAUGUACUGUGGGAUUGCCUUGGAGAUAUGAAGGAUGACUUGUCGUUGAGUGUGGGCUUCGUUAUGGAUCUACUUGGGAGGCUGCUCUCUUUCGACCGAAUCAUUACGUCCCUGAUAAGGUCUGGCGUCUCACGACCUUUGAAUCAACUUAUCCCUCUCCUCCAUCCAUUCUUCCGGCACACUAUCUCGAAUGUUCGACUUUCUGUCGUAAACACGUUGCAUAACUUCCUCUCAGCUCCAAACUUCCCAGACGAUUGGAUCGAUCCCCCAUUGAUGCGUUUACUUAUGCAAAAUCUUGUUGUCGAAGAUCGUACCGACGUACGUGGUGUGACGCUUCAGGUGUGGCGUAUGUGCAUCGCAAAGCUUGAUGCGUCACCUCCACGACUUCAGAUGACUGUUGGGCCAUUUAUUCGGGAUUGGUUCUCACUGGUCAUGGCUCCACUCGGAACCCCAAUGGAUGCUGCUUUGUUUUACAGGCCGCGGAGUGAUGCAGAUCAAGGGCAUAAUGUCGACAAGAAUAUGCUUCUCCAGGACUUGUCUUUGGUCUCGUCGGAAACUCUCCUCCGAGCUCGGGUAGUCGCAUGUAAGGCUCUGGCGAUUGCAUUGUCCGUGUGGCCUGUUGAGGAGCAACAAGAAUUAUUUGGCGUUUUUCUUGAGUUUUACAUGGACUCUGCCAGUAUGCUUCAACAAUUCCUGGCUGCGACCAUUGUCCAAGAAUGGGCAGUCGAGGCUGACUCGACUAAGUCCUCUGCUGCCGAAUCCAAGCUGGUCUCAGCGUCGCCUCUUGCUUUUGCGAUGGUAACCCGCUUCUUCAAAUAUCUCCAAUCCGAUCCUCCUUCGUCAUACUAUGAGAUGUACGCUCUUUUGUCCCGCAUCGCCAAUGAUUGUAGAGGUCUAUUCGCACAGUUCGUCACUGAUGGGAAGGUGCCACCUGCUAAAAUACCAGAGCUUCCGGCGAAAGUGGACGCAUUCGGCCGAGAACAAGGUGGAUUCACUCUCAGCACGGCUAAUGAAACCGUUCAGUCUUCUUUCGAAAUGCUCAAAGGCCACAUCGCCAAGAGCCGAAAGAAGGAGCUUCCUGCUCUUGAAACAAAACGGAAGAAUAUUAUGUUCAGCAUUAAGCAGUAUCAGGAAACGAAGGAACAGCAUGAUUCUCGUGUUGCAGCGGCCGUCGCUGGGGCACUGAUUGCACUGCACACCAUGCCAACAAAACUCAACCCUGUCAUCAGGAGUGUCAUGAAUGGAGUCAAGUUCGAGACUAAUCUUGAUCUACAAACACGGGCAGCAAAGUCUGUUGCUGCGUUUGUGUCGUACUCAGUCGCUUCGUCUUCGGCUAAAGCGACUCCGACGGACAAAAUUAUAAAGAAUCUAUGCACGUUCAUUUGCCAAGAUACCGAUUAUACCCCUGUUUUCGCUGAAAUGCGAAACGAGUUGGAUGGAAUCUUACCAAAGAAACUACCAGCUAGUCCCCCUGCCAAGUCCAAUGGAGGCGAAGAAACACCUGCUGAGACGUCUGGUGUGAGUCUCAUUCGGCGUGGUGCUGAGCUCGCUCUUGGUGAAGUAGCAGCGGAGUUUGGCGAAUCAUUGUUUGGUACUAUCCCCAUUCUUUGGGAUUGUAUGGUUCAACCACUUGUGGAUUCAUACUGUGAUGGCGCAGAUCACGAAAAGGAGAACGGCCAAAACAUUGUCGACUGCCUCACUCUUUUGCACGCCCUCGUUCCAACAUUUCAUCCCAGCUUGCGACCGAGGGUCGUCGGCAUCUUACCUACUGUCCUCAGUGCUCUUAAGAGUCAGUAUGCCGUCAUAAGGCGGUGUGCAGCUCAAUGUUUCGCUGCCAUAUGUAAUGUCUUUACUGAAGAGGCGAUGAAGGUCGUUGUAGAAGAUGUCAUUCCUCUGUUGGGUGACAACACCGCCGUCCGACAUAGACAGGGAGCUAUUGAGGUUAUUGCUAAUAUCGUUCAACUGUUGGACUCGAAAGUUUUACCAUAUCUUAUUUUCUUGAUUGUUCCGGUCCUUGGCAGAAUGAGCGAUUCCGAUGACGAACUCCGUUUUAUCGCUACGAACACCUUUGCAUUAUUAGUCAAGAUGGUGCCGCUUGAGGCUGGUCUUCCAGAUCCGCCUGGUUUCUCUGAAGAACUUCUUCGGAAGCGAGAGAAUGAACGUGCUUUUCUUAUACAGCUGCUUGAUGGCUCAAAGGUUGAGGAAUACGAGAUUCCUGUGCCUAUCAAAGCGGAACUGCGGAAGUACCAGCAAGACGGUGUCAACUGGCUUGCUUUCCUUGCGAAGUACCAACUGCACGGGAUACUGUGCGAUGAUAUGGGUCUUGGGAAGACUUUACAAACCAUUUGUAUUGUCGCCAGCAGGCACCACGAACGGAAAGUAAAGUUCCGCAAAACCAAGUCCCCCGACUCAACACCGCUCCCUUCCCUUAUUGUUUGCCCCCCCACCCUUGCUGGCCAUUGGUACCACGAGAUUCUUAAAUACACGGAAAGCCUCAAGCCUAUGGUAUACGUGGGUAGUGUGCGCGAGAGAAACAAGAAGGCUUCCCAAAUCCCCCAUCAUGAUGUCGUUAUUACAUCGUACGAUGUCGUUCGCAACGACUUGAGCGUGCUCUCUCGACACCACUGGCAUUAUUGCGUUCUCGACGAGGGGCACGUUAUAAAGAAUGCCAAAGCAAAAUUGACGAAAGCUGUGAAGAGUAUCCAGGCAUUUCAUCGGCUUAUUCUUUCUGGGACGCCGAUUCAGAACAAUGUCUUAGAACUCUGGAGUUUGUUCGACUUCCUCAUGCCUGGAUUUUUGGGUACAGAAUCUUAUUUCAAUGAGAAGUUCGGUCGACCCAUCUCGCUCAGCCGGGAUAACAGGGCCACACCCAAGAUCCGUGACGCCGCGGCGCUCGCGCUUGAGGCAUUGCACAAGCAAGUCUUGCCGUUCCUCUUACGUCGUCUCAAGGAGGAUGUGCUGAAUGAUCUGCCACCUAAGAUCAUCCAGGACUAUCAAUGCGAGCUUUCAGAUCUUCAGAAGAGGCUGUACGACGAAUACGCUAGCUCUCAAGCGAGGCUCAGCGUUGAGAAUGAGAUUAAGAAGGCUAACGGGCAGAAGGAUGGGGGCGGUCAGAAACACGUCUUCCAGUCGCUUCAGUACUUGCGCAAGCUCUGCAAUCAUCCGGCUCUAGUCAUCAAAGACCCCGCCACCCUGGCGUCCCUUGCUGAACCCGGACAAUCACCGCCAGAUUUGAAAGAUAUCUCGAAUGCACCGAAGUUAGAAGCCCUGAGGCAACUUCUCACUGAUUGUGGUGUUGGUGUAGCAUCGACAUCAGGAAAGGAUAACGAGGUUGCACUGGACACUUCGGAAGCGGCCAUAUCCCAGCAUCGCGUUCUCAUUUUCUGUCAAAUGAAGCAAAUGCUUGACAUCAUCGAAAACGAUCUUUUCCAGACGCUUAUGCCGUCCGUCACCUAUAUGAGACUUGAUGGGACCACAGACGCUACUAAACGUCAUGCCGUCGUGGAAACAUUCAAUGCGGAUCCGAGUAUUGACUGUCUACUCCUAACGACUCAUGUUGGUGGGUUGGGACUUACUCUAACUGGGGCUGAUACGGUCAUCUUCGUGGAGCACGACUGGAACCCAAUGAAAGAUUUGCAGGCCAUGGAUCGUGCACACCGCUUGGGUCAGAAGAAGGUUGUGAAUGUUUACCGUUUAAUCACAAAAGGGACCCUCGAGGAGAAGAUCAUGGGCCUGCAACGCUUUAAGCUCAAUAUUGCCAACUCCGUUAUCACCCAGCAGAAUUCGGGUCUGGCGUCAAUGGACACUGACUUAGUGCUCGAUCUCUUUAAACGCACCACAGAGGAAGAGGAUGUUUCCUCAAAGAAACAGAAGCAGAUGGAUGCAGACCGGUCGGUGUCACAAAGGAAUGUACUGGAGGGUUUAGAGGACCUUCCCCCCGAGGAUGAGUACAAUUUUGACUUCUCCGCUUUCCUGGGCUCUCUUGGACCUUCAUCUCAGUAAUACCGUGUAUAAUGUGUGCCUUUACUAAAUCAUAAUAAGGAUUAUUACCUGCCGGG